ACAAACCAGCCACAGGUGAUUUUUGUAAACACAACGUCGGGCAGUUGUAGACACUGCGAUGUGAACUUUGCUUUACUGCAUUUGUCUGGCGCUUCGACUCCACGAUGUACCACUAGCGUUGACAGUGUAUUGUUGUUGCGCUCCUGACCGAUGCGUCCGAGACUUCACCAUGUGGAUGAAACCGGAGGAGAUUCUUCUGGCGAACGCGCUGUGGGUGACAGAACAGUCGAACGGCUUCUUCACCCUGCAGAGGCGAAAAGGUCAUGGCACCAAGGGCCUAUCGUCGGUUCUCGUAGGAACACUCGACUCAGUAUUUGACAGCAAGCCUGCCCCGUAUAGAAUUCUUCACAAGACCCCCCUCUCUGAAGUCAGCUAUGUUGUGGCCACCUCGCUGUCACGUGAGGAGAUCUUCCAGAACUGGGCAUGGAUUGAGCAGAAUCUCCUUGAGACACUCAAGUCCUUCGACUCCGAGGACGAGGCGACGGAGUUUGUUUGCUGCAAGAUCCGCAGCCUGGUGGCACAGCGGGAGGUCUCCCUGCUGGAGGUUGACCAGGACAAUGCCCAGUUCCGGGUCAACGCCAGCCGCUUUGCCUCCAUCUUCAACCUGCCUCCGCAGGAGAAGCUAGUCAACUACUACUCGUGCAGCUUCUGGAAAGGACGCCUUCCUCAGCAGGGUUGGCUCUACCUGAGCAUGCAGCACCUGGCCUUCCACUCGUUCCUGUUCGGACAGACCACCCGACUGCUGCUGCGAUGGACCGACAUCACGACCCUGGAGAGGAGCAACAACUUCUUGUUCCCGGAGACCAUCAUGGUUGCCAGCAGACAGAAGAAGCACUAUUUUUCCAUGUUCACCAACAUCGUAGAGACGUUUGCACUCAUGGAGCAGUUGGCAAACCUGGCCAUGAGACAGCUCAUCUCGGAGGAGACGUUCGAAGCGGACAAGCAGCUUUCUCGAAAGCUCAGCUGCAAUGCACCAAAGAAGCUUCCGCUGCUCAAGAGGGACCUGGACGCCAGGGCACAGAGCGAGACCUAUCGGACCACGUUUCGUUUGCCACUGGACGAGCGGCUAGAUGGGAGCCUGGAGUGCUGCCUGUGGACACCCUACAACAAGCAGCCCGUCCGCGGGAAGCUCUACCUGUCGCCAAACUACAUCUGCUUUGAGAGUCGGGUCAAGAACCUGGUGUGCCUGGUGAUCCCCCUGCGGCUACUCCAGGUGACGGAGAGGGUAGACAGUCACCACUCGCUCUCUAAUGCACUUCUGCUCACCACCAGGAACAAGGUAAACUUCCUGUUUGCUCAAAUCGAGGGGCGGGACUUCCUCAUCGAGAAGAUAUCUGAGCUGCUUGCGAAAAUUCCCCAGCCGAAAGAAAUUCCUUGUCUGGAGGACGACAGUACGUCCCUCGCUUCUUCAAGUUCGUCAGCAUCGUGGGAGCCCGAAGCGUCGCUGGCAUCGCGCUUCGAGCUUCCCCGCUCACAGGAGGCCCAGGAAGCCGAGACUGAAAAAGAGAAACAGUGGGAGGAACACUUCGCAGAAUAUGGACGGGGCCUGUGUACGUACCGCACCAGCAAGGCCCAGGAACUGGUCUUGGCGGGCAUUCCAGACAGCCUCAGGGGCGAGCUGUGGAUGCUGUACUCUGGGGCCAUCCACGAGUUGGAGACCCAUCCCGGCUACUACCGGAAAGCGGUGUCCGAGAGCAUGGGCAAGCGCAACGCCACCAGUGAGGAGAUUGAGCGGGACCUGCACCGCUCACUGCCCGAGCACCCAGCCUUCCAGAGCCCGCAGGGCAUCAACGCCCUGCGGAGGCUUCUCAACGCCUAUGCCUGGCGCAACCCGGCCAUUGGUUACUGCCAGGCAAUGAACAUCGUGGCUUCGGUGCUGCUACUGUACGCGUCAGAAGAGGAGGCCUUCUGGCUCCUGGUGGCCCUGUGUGAACGGCUACUCCCCGACUACUAUAACACCAAGGUGGUCGGCGCACUCAUCGACCAAGGUGUACUGGAAGACCUAGCCAGGGACCACAUUCCAGAGCUUUACACCAAGCUGGACUCACUGGGUGUGCUGUCCAUGAUUUCGCUUUCCUGGUUCCUCACCAUCUUUCUCAGUGUGAUCCCGUUUGAGUCUGCUGUCAACAUCGUUGACUGCUUCUUCUAUGAUGGUGCCAAGGUGGUGUUCCAAGUGGCACUCGCCGUGCUCGAGGCCAACCAGGAGCGUCUGCUGAGCUGCAAGGAUGAUGGCGAGGCCAUGAUGGUGCUCUGCAACUACCUUGAGAACGUGCACAACCCACAGGCAGGCAUCUGUUCCCGGUCAGCGUUCCAGCCCACCACAGGGUCCAAGGAAACCGUGGACAUUUCAACUCUAGUCUACGACUCGUACAGCAAGUACGGCUUCCUCACAUCGAGCAUGAUAGAGAAGCUUCGUCUCAAGCACAGGCUUAGUGUUGUCCAGGGUCUGCAAGACGCCAAUGUGAAGAACGUGCUGAGGAGCCUGAGCCUGGACCCCCGCAUCUCGGCACUGCUGACACAGGAGGAGCUCAGUGAUCUGGUGGCUCUCAUCAGGGAGCAGCAGCUGAGCCAGCACAGCUGGGGUACGGGACCGCCGGGCGUGGCUCCGCCCAACGUCGACACUGGUGCCCCCUACGGCGAGCAGCUGUUCCACCUGGACAUGGACCAGUUCCUCAGCUUUCUCAGUGCCAUGGGCCCGUGGAGUCGCGGGGAGCAUCCGCGUCGUCUGGGUGUGCGCCUCUUCCGGCUAGCCGAUGCCGACUGCGACGGAUGGGUGAGCCUGGCCGAUUUCUGUCGGAUUCUGGCCAUGUCCUCGCGCGGUGACAUGGACGACCGGCUGCGCCUCCUCUAUGGCGCUCACUUGGCUGUCUGUCAGCCAGGCGACGUCGAAGACACGCAGCGGGACUCCGUAGAUGACAGCCCCGAGCAAGAAGGUGCCGAGGUUGCCACGGAGGCCGAGGAGUACUUCAGCUCCCUGGAGGAGGGGUCCUCUGUCGACCAAAUCCUGUCUUCUUCCUCUGCCGUGGAGGGCAGCCCCACACAGGGUUUGCAGCAGCAGCAGCUACUGCAGCAGCGCAUGGAGCUCCUCGAUGCGGUGCUCCAGCGUAAUCGAGACGACUCUUUCUUUGGCUCGGCCUCACUAAGCAGCAGCUACGGAAGCAGCGGUGAUCCCUCCAGGUAUUUCAGCAAGCCGUCAGACAUGACUCUUCCCGACAUGAACCAGGAACAAUUUGUCCAGAUGUGGCAGACCGUGUACAACCUGUUUGUGGGCCAUCCGGACGAGCAGGACUUCUACCACGCUCUCGCUUGCACAGGGACCGAGUUGCUACAAAUGGGUGAGAUGAACCACGAGGCCAAGACUAAGCCUGACAAUCCGGCCGGUGAGAAUUCCGGGGGAGAUAGGACUACAGAUCGGGAGGCUCCUCGGGACUGUGGUGCCACGGCAGCCACCGUGUCGUCGGACAUGUGGGACCGGCACUGGCACAUCAGCUUCCAGCAAUUCCGAGCAUGCUUACACAAGGACGAACAUCUGGCAAGCUUCUUUGACACCAAGACACCCGUGUCCAGCGCACUCGAGGCACUUCGCAGCAGCCGGAUCCAGCAGCGGGCCUCCAGCACGCCUCCGCUCACAGGUGCCAUCAAGGUCUGAUCCGCGAUCCCCUCAGAGUGCCGUGUCAGGUCACCGCUCUGUCAAGGAGAUGUGACCGCCCGAACGCUGUAGUGGCAACGGUUUCGUGAGCGAGUGCUUCCUACUGUGCCACAAUUGCACAUGCCGUGCAUGGAGAAAAGGUGUAAAUAUUUGUUUGGACGCCAAACACCAUUUGUACCAUAUUGUUAAUGGCUACGACCUUGUUUACGGGUUGCAAGUAUAGUUUUGCUUGACCCGAAGGCUACAGCAUCACCCAAACCUGUAAGAGUCCCAGCUUUGCGAGCCUUGUAAGAAAAAGGAAAACCCAGGAGCAGGCGACAAUCCAAUUCUCAAGUGGUGAGACAUCCCGAAUUGCCGUACUGCUGUACGGUUUGAAGGAGACUGCCGAUGAACUGCCAUGCAUAGCUGAAGAAUCAGACUGUUUAAGCGUUCUACAAGUAUCCCCACAGAGAACAUCUUUUGGAAAUAAACAGCCGCUCACAGACAAGAGGCCGGAGUCAGCCACGGAGCAGGGCCGCAGGGUGCCAGCGUAAUUUGAGGUUGGACACGAUUUGGACUUGGGCAGGACAGUUUGCCGUUGGCUUGGCAGUCCACCAUCUUCCAAGAGCUCACCUGCUCCGCUGGAGUUGAGAUCACUGCUAACUCCAGUUGUCCGCGCACCUUGAACUGCCUCUUUGCUGGCCUACAUUCUGUACUUUGGUUCUCUCGAAAAUUUGGUUAAUGGUCCUUGUUCUAGACAUGAGCUCCUGUUUCAGAUACAUUCUUUUCGUGACAAACUUUGGAGGCAUGUGUCAAGCAAAAGGGGGCCACGAGUCGUAACUGAACACCCUUUUCCUUACGGCUUGUUCAACUGUUAAUUGCCGGACCGAGCUGGAAUUAUUCUGGAAUCGUUACAGUGUUACGCUGCUACGAGCAGCCUGCUGCACCUCUGUGUUCCGCACCGAUGCACCGUUUCCUGCACGAACAUUGUGUAAGAGCGCUCUUUUAAGAGCUGAUAAAAGUGCCAUGGACCAAGAAUUGAUUUCG